AUGUCACGUUGUCCUGAGAGCCGCCGCAAGCAUGCGCAAGCACAGCUUGGCCGCGAGGUGGGAGGGCGGUGGUGCCAGGAUGCGGUGAAGCUGGUUCAGUUCAGCACUUGGUCACUCUCCGUCCCGGGUGGAGCGUCCGUCUGCGUGCAGCACAAAGUCGACCACACAGCCCUCGGACGCGCACAGGCCUUGCCGGGACCCGCGUUGACCGCAGCGCCGGGGCUGGAUGAAGUCCUUUACCUUGCCGACGAUAAGGGACCCAGGCGCCUGGCGCUGCGCCGAGCAGCGGGCACGGGAAACUCCACCUGA